AUGGAAAAUGCAGGAAGUAAUGAUGCAAUUGAAUCUUCCAAGGCCCGAAUGAGCUGUAUGAAACAAAUGCUAGCAGCCUUAACAAAAUCUUUUAGGCAACAACCUUUGCCCCCACCGCCUCUGCCGAUACAAGUUGAACCAGAUAACAAUGACAUCAUCAACCUAACUCAGAAGUUCAUGAAGAUGAAACCGCCAACUUUCUUUGGUGGUAUUGAACCAUUAAAGGCAGAGACAUGGCUUCUUAAAAUGGAGAAAUUUAAUGGGAACACGACAUGGGCUCAAUUCAACGAAAUCUUCUAUGACAAGUAUUUUCCUCAGUGCUUCCGGGACCAAAAGGUUUCUGAAUUCCAAGAACUUAAGCAAGGCAAAAUGUAUGUAGCCGAGUAUGAAGCUAAGUUUACUGAGUUAGCCAGAUUUGCUCCUUACAUGGUCGACACUGAUUACAAGAAAGCUCGAAAAUUUGAAGGGGGAUUCGACCUAGAUGUAUUUGACCAGGUAGGCGUCCUAAAAUUGGCUACAUAUGUGGAGUUACUUGACAGAGCACUAAUAGCAGAAGCCACCCUGGCAGCAAUGAAACAAACCAAAGCACCAAUAACAGAAUGGAGAAGCAAAAGACCUGGAUCCAAUUUUCGAAAGGGUCGCUCAUCCUUUACAAACAAAAAGCAAAAUACUAGAUCUUCAAGCAGUUCAAGCCAAAGCAAUGGGUCUAUGCCAGUUUGUUCAGAAUGUGGAAGAAAGCAUAAAGGCACGUGUUACCGUGCAUCUGGCACUUUUUUUCGGUGUGGCAAGACCGGCCACAUGAUUAGAGAUUGUCCGAUGAGAUUUGACAAUGUGGCAAGUUCCGCCGGAUCCACUCCUACACAGAGAACGAAUGUGAGAACCAAUACCGGAAAAGAACCUUUGCGACAAGGUCGAGUAUUUGCACUAGUACCUAGUGUUGUAUAG